GGCUUGCAUCUCCUGUAAAUCUUCUCCCGUGUUAUUAAGCAGCAUCUUUCUGUGAUGAUCGAGUCGUCCUGUGAUCUUCAGGACACGUAAACUCUGCUGCUGCCUGAGCAGGUUGGACUUGAUAGUAAUAUACAAAGUACAAGCCCUGUGCAUCCAGGUGGAGAGCAGUGACGGGGAAGAAGGCGGACAUGUCAGCCGGGAGCGAGCGAGGAACACUGGGCUGACGAGCGGAGCUCAGGUUCAAUGAAGACAGCUGUGGCAGCAGGCUCUGUUGAAAAAAUCUGUGCAAGUUUUUGUCAAUAGUUCUUGUCUCUCUAUCCUGGAGGUCCCUUCACAAUGUCAGUGACUGCAGUCGUCGUGGACUAGAGAUGAUCCCAUCCUAUGUGAAGCUCCAAAAUACUGAGCAGGAGAUGUCGGGACGGGGGAAAAUGACGAUUUCCAUGAGAACGGUGCUGGUGGUGGCAGUCCUGACAUCUGUUCUUCUGGUGUUUUUUAACCAGAAAAAAGUGCAGAUCUCCAAAAUAAGCAUGCUCCAGUUGUGUAACUGUCAGUCACGCAAUACCCCCCUUGAUUCGCCCCGCCCGAUGGAAACGGAUGACGAAAUUGAAGAGCUCUUCGACAAGAUCAACAAGCAGAUUCCCCAGGUGACGAUCGAUGACAUCAAUGAGGCGACCAGCCCGGAAAAAAGCAUGGCAGCCAUCAUCGACCCCAAAGAUGAGUAUUGCGUCGGCGACCAGCUGCAGGUGGAGGUGACGGCCUACGACUACUUGGGGAACAGGAAACCGUACGGUGGAGACUACCUGAGGGCAAGAAUAUACUCACCUGAUACAAACAGCAGCGCCAGUGGGAGUAUCACAGACUCUAAGGACGGGACCUACCUGGUAAAAUUCACCCUCUUCUGGGCGGGGCCUGUACACUUAUCUAUAUUACUAAUGCACCCCAGCGAGGCCGUCUCCGCUCUAUGGAGGGCGAGGAACCAGGGCUUUGCCAAUAUUAAGUACACAGGAAACUUCACGAGCGCCACGGAGUACGAGAACAGUGAAUGCGGCUUUGAGUUGGACACGGAAAAGGAAGUCUGCCGUUACGUGGACAAGAGAGACCGCGAGGCCUUCUACUGCGUUAAGCCGAGGCGCUUCCCGUGCGAGGCCUUGACCCACAUGAACUCUGUCAAUCGGGACCAUUCGUAUCUGAGUGAGGUGGAGCAGCUACUGAUCAAGAGGUCCAAUAUCGGCAUGGAAAUUUCUAAGGCUUUAGAUCGAGUCACUGUCCUGAACUGUGGCCAAAAAAUAUUGUCACCGAUGGAGAGAUGCGGCCUGGGGUCCUAUUACCCGAUCCCAAGCGGAUAUUUCCAUCACAACGUGUGGAAUCCCGUCCACUGCCGGAUGUCGCCAUUCACGGACAACGACAAACUGAAAGACUUCCUGAAGGGGAAAAAACUGCUUCUUAUGGGGGACUCCACAGUGCGGCAGUAUAUACGGCACUUUGCUGAGAAUCUUAAGAUUGUAGACUAUUUUAACCACACAGAAGAUGAGAUGCAAUCUUGGCAGAAGACUCUUCUAGCGAUAAACCAGGAAAAGUUUAUCUACAUCCAGUGGAAGAAACACACUUUUCCAUUUGUCAGCAAAACCUUCUACUCCAUCAAAGAGGACGCAUACAUGGCCCGGCAGAUCGACCAGGUCGGUGGAGGAGAAAACACAAUCAUUGUCCUCACCUUAGGACAGCACUUCAGGCCUUUCCCACUACGAAUCUUCAUCAGGUCGGCCAUUAACGUCCGUAAGGCUGUAGAGCGGCUCUUCAUCCGUAGCCCCAGGACCAAGGUGAUCAUCAAGGAGGAGAAUGCCCGGGACAUGGACAUCGACAUGGAGCGGUUCAGUGACUUCCACGGAUAUGUCCAGUAUCUGCUGCUCAGGGAUAUCUUUCGUGGAUUAAAUGUUGGGUUUGUUGAUGGUUUGGACAUGACCAUAGCUUAUGCAUGUGAUGUCAUUCAUCCCCCACAGGAAGUUCUGGAGAACAUCAUCAGCAUGUCCUUCACUCAAGCUUCACUGUAGCACAUUAUGGGACCCACAAGACACAGUAAAGGUCAAUUCAAGAUACAAACAUCUUCAUAGCCUGACCAUUAGGGGGCAGUAGUCACUGGUGUAAUAAAGAUACUCAUUUUAGUUUGACAUCUAAAGUCAUUGGCCAGAAAUGUUCUUAGGGUGGUCAUCACUUCUCUUCUUCUACCCCACUUGGCGGCUCGUACUCAGUAGUGGUCGACAAGGAGGGCAGAAGAAAACCCUUCCCAGGGUAGAGAGGAUAUAGAUUUAAACCUGUGUUCUCUUCAGUGCACCAGUAACCAAAGGAAGAACAAGGAUCUGGGGCACCUUGUAGGUCUUCUCGAUGCCAGGAAUCUGAAUGACAUUCAGACACGAUUCCAAAACUAGCAGUGAAGUAACAUCAUUAACAUUUCAAGUGUGCAUUGUAAUUAAUUAAUGUAAACAUGAAGCGCAUUAAGUUUCAGCGGUACUAUAUCGCCCUCUUAUGGCACACUGGUAUUACUACAUGUGAAAUUGGAUGGACUGCAACUUACCAUUACAGAUGAUCAAGCUCCCAGGGUCUCCUAGGCAUUAUUAAGGAUCCUUAAUAAACAAUACAACACUACUAUAUGUCAUGUAUCAUGUAUAUAUUACAUUUCACAGAUUUUUACACUUUUAAAAAUGUCCUUUAUAGCAUAGCUGGUAGAAUUGAUGAUUUUUGAAUGUAAAAGACAUCUAAAAUGUUAUAUUUUGCUCAUCCGUAUAGUGCUGACAUCUUUUGCAGCACUCUACAGACAUUAGCAUCUCGCUGUCCCCAAUGGGGCUCACAAUCUAAGUUCCCUAUAUAGGCAGAUACACUAUUUUUCACAAAUAUGGAGUCUGUAUGGGUUUCAUCAAGUUUGUGGUACCGCCAUGGAUACCUUUAUUACCCCACUGUAUUUUUUAUGCAUUUGUUUUGCAGUUUUAUACAUCUGCUCAGUGUGUACUGCUAUAGAAUGUAAUGUCCUUUGUGAGCCCAGAAUAUUUGUACAACUUUAUUUAAAAAUGCAGUUAGGUCCUGUUCACACCAUGCAUAAUGCAGAUUUUGCACCAUUGACAGUAUGGAAUUGCUGUACAUGUCACUAAAAUAUCAUCUUUGAUUCUUACAUCUAGUGGGGUUGUUGCAUAUACUUUGUGCACAUCGCUAUACUAGAUCUGAAUAUGGAUCCAUAGGUUAUCUGCUCCAGGACUUAACAAUUAGUGAAUGAUGAGCGGACCCGUAGAUGUUCAGGUUUGCUGGGUUCGGCCGAACUUCGGGUCAAAGUUCGGGUUCGGAACCCGAACUUGACCCGAACUCGAACCUAAACCCAAAAGAGUAGGUUAGUUGGAUGCACAGGGUGGCUGAUACACCAAAAAGGGUGCUCUCAAACUUACAGCGUCACCCCGCUGUUAAAAAGCAAAAGUAUAUAUAGAAAUGAUUGGGCACACCUAAGACACUUGGUGACCAAUUUAUUAAAGUAGUUAAAAUAGUUAGACAGUGAUAGAAGACAGUAAUAAAAAUAAUAAUAGUAGGAAUAAAAACAGCAGUACGGACUUCGCAGUAGUAUUGAUGUAUAAAACUGUCGCGUAAUGAGAUGGAAAAUAAAUACGUAUGUGACCGAAAGUAGGCUCAAAAUAGUUCCUAACGGGCAGUGCCAGUAUUUGUGAGCCUCGUUGCGACCACAGUAGACAGCAAGUGUAAAUAUUCCAAUAACAAUGAAUCAAAUUGAAUACUUUAUAUAUUUAGAAUGCCGUGUGGGUAAAAACCUAUAUAAAUAUAAAUGUAAAAAUCAAAGUCCGGAUAUAACGAGUCGGGAUCCUUCUGGUAUUGUCACCUAGUUAAAGCAGCAUAAGAGUGUUUAAAAGAAGUUGCGGUAUUUGGAAUCAAGAUUUCUCCGUCUCUGACCCGGCGGCGUCCCGCUUACAGUCAGAGAUCGAUCCCGUAAUGAGACAACAAGCAGUUCAGGAACAGUCUUACCAGUGUUGGAGGGUUCUCCUGAUUCGGAGAUACCUCGGCCGUCUAUCGAAACCUUCUUUCAGUCUUUGCCUUUAUAGUUGGAUGGAUCCAGCGGUAGUUUAUGUGCGUCACUUGUGUGGUUGCUGCACGUGUCCCGCUUGUUUGGCUCCAAAGAUGCCGAGUUUCCAGGCUUGGUUUCAGAUCGGCUCCGUUCGGUACACUGGCUCAGAAUGGUCCUUAAGUUAAUUAGAUGCGGUGCACUCGCAUAGAAUUGGGGGGUCAGACCAGACGCGUUUCGGGGCUAUGAUGUCCCCUUCCUCAGUGGCUAUCCGACCUCCCCAAAUGAUCAUCCUUUUAUACCCUGUAAAAGGGCUUUACAAGACCCGAUGUGGAUUUUAGUUCCGGAAGUCUGAUGUGAGUCAUUAACCCAUCAGAUGAAAGUUCACUCUUUGAUAUAUUGUACCGGCUUUACUUGCUUCAUUUUAGAUUAGACAUGUUCGGUCUGUG